AUGACCACUGGAGAAGAACUGUUGGAUGAGUUACUCGAGGAAGACAUAGAGGAUGCGGAAGGGUACUAUACCGAAAACAUGGAUGAGAAGGAAUUAAUGACCAAUAUGGAAGAGGAAGGUCCUGCUGUUUACCUCUUUCAAAUAGAAGAAUUACCUAUGAUGACAGAUGAUUUAGAAAAAGCUACUAUAGAGGAAAAGAUUCAACAAACCGAAAUAAGUAAUGAAUUGAACUGUGAUGAACAGGAACAGGCAAAAAAACUGUUGCUGAAAAAGAGUAAAGUCUUUGCAUGGAUGAUUGAAGAAUUGAAACAAACAAACAAGAAAAAAAAAAGAAGAGAAGGAAGGAGAUAUAGAGAGUGA